AGUCAAGUCAACGUCACGCUCGGAGUCGAGUGUUUCCGGGUAUUCAGAGAAGAAAGACAAAAAAAAAAUCGGUCUAUCGCUAUGUUUCACAGAGAAAUAUAUUUCAGACGCCUAUAACGGUUUAAUUGAGAGUUGUGUUUGUGAGAGUGGAAACACUGGUGUUUUGUCACUCAGGCUCAAGAUAGAGCUCCAGUGGAUGGUCGGAGCGCAGGACGGUGAUUUUACAAGUGUCUUUUAAACUGUUGAAGUGCCACGCAAUGCACCAUGGAGGAGGCCCACCAAAAGUGCAGAGGAACCUUCAGAGAUCCAAGUCCUUCACUGGAUCUGAGGCAGAAGACCAACAGCAGCAGCAACAACCACCACAGCAGCCCCAACAACAACAGCACCAGCCCAUGGCGGUUACCCAACAACAGGCGGCAAAUGCCAAUCACCCCCAGUCACCGGUGACAUCUUUUGCUCCGUCCGCCAGUCCCUCUGCACCCCAGUCUCCCAAUUACCAAAUCAUCAUGAGUCGGAGUCCAGUCACAGGCCAGAACAUGAACAUCACUUUACAGAACGUGGGACCAAUGGUUUCUGGGAACCAGCAGAUCACCCUGACCCCUCUUCCUCUCCAGAGCCCAGGAUCCCCUAGCUUUCAGCAUCAGCCCCAGCAGUGGAGGUUCGAACCGUCUUCGUCUUACGUGGUGACAUCACCCUUGCCCCAGACAAUGCAGCCUCAAAGUCCGACCCAGCAUAGUCCUGUCCCCAUACAGGCUGUGCCCAGGUCGAGCGCUCCUGGGUCAGCUCUGGGAGUGUGCAGUCAGAGCCCGACGCGGUUUGUGGAGGCAGGUAUAAUGGUUAGGCAAAUCAACUUGAGCAGCCCACCUGGAAGUGGUCAUUUUGUGUACCAGGAUGGAACAGGAUUGGCUCAGCUGGCUCCGACAACAGCUGGAGCCGUUCAGCUAACCUCACCUGGGACACCUGGGGUUGCCAGAGAAAGACGGCUGUCCCAGCCACACUCCCAAACCGGGGGGACCAUUCACCAUUUGGGGCCACAGAGCCCUGUUGCGGCAGGGGCUGCUCUCCCAACCUUGGGCAGCCCUGGGCACAUCACCACCUCCAAUCUGCCUCCUCAGAUCAGUAGUAUCAUCCAAGGCCAAUUAGCUCGCCCCAUGAUUUUUGAGAAGACAGCGCAAGGCAUUGUGGCUGGUGUGGCGGCCCCGGCAACGGCCUCUUUUGGGAUCCCAUCCACCAUCCCUCCAUCCAGCCCAUCCAGGAGCAACCCUCCCCAAGGCCUCGCCAACCAGUCCCUGACGCCCACCAGCAUGAAGAAGAUGCAGCCGAAGAAGCUGGAGGAGAUCGCACCCUCAAAUCCAGAAGUGGCGCAGUUGAGGAAGCAGUGUCUGGAGCAUCAUGCAAAGAAGAUGGAGAGUCUGAAGGAUGUGUUCAAGGAGUACCUGAUUGAGCUCUUUUUCCUGCAGCAUCUGCAAGGAAACAUGAUGGACUACCUUGCCUUCAAGAAAAAGCCCUGUGUGCCUCUCUUCACCUACCUGAGGCAAAAUGAUCUUGACAUUGAAGAUGAAGAGGAGGAGGAAGAGCAGUCUGAGGUCAUCAAUGAUGAGGUGAAAGUAGUGACUGGAAAGGAUGGACAGACGGUGACUCCUGUUGCUAUAGCUACACAACUCCCACCCAACGUGUCUGCAGCGUUCUCUGUUCCGCAGCAGUUCCAGACCCAUGCCGGGGUGGCAGGUGGCAGCCUCUCGAACCCUGUGGAUAUGGAGGCUUUCAAGCGGCAGCAGGCCAUGGCUCAAGCAGAUCAGGCUAAGAGGUCCCGGAUGGAUGUGGGUCGGCAUGGGAUGAUAUUCCAGCACCCCGCUCUAACUCCUUUAGGAUCUACCGGCGUUCCCCUCCAGCAGCUCAUGCCUACAGCGCAAGGAGGGAUGCCACCGACUCCACAAACGGUCCAGAUUGGUGGGCAGAAACAGAACCAGCAACAGUACGACCCAUCCAAAGGUCCCCCGGUCCAGAAUGCUGCCAGCCUCCACACGCCACCCCCACAGCUUCCAGGCCGCCUCCCCCAGGGUGGGCUCCCUAUGGCUGGCCUGCCCCUCUCCCUGUCCCAGGGUCAGGCCAUGGUGGUGGACCAGCAGGCUCCGGUGGCUGGUGGUCAGCUCCAGGUAAAGGUGCCAGGUGCCGGGGCCGUGCUGGCUCCAGUCAACCAACAUGCCCAGCUGCAGGCACAGCUUCAGCAGAUGCAGUCAGGACUCCACCUACAGAUGCAGCAGCAGAUGCAGCAGUCAGUCAUGCAGCCUGGACAGGCAACUGUGGCACUUGUGCGUCCUGGAUCAGAUUCUUCCCAGCCUGCCCAGCGUUUGCUGUCCAACUCUCUCUCCAACCCUGCCAUGUCUCCUGCUCCUCUAACAUCUCCGUCCUCUCUCUCCUCCCCACACCCUUCUGUUCCGGUCCGCACCCCCAGUACUGUCCCCAGCCUCUCUCCUGCUGCCCAGUCCAAACUCACUACCACGAAUGGCACCACCGGGCUGAAAAUGUCUGGUUUGGGUCAGAGUCCAGUUGGGCAGAACUCACAGGAAUGCUCUCAGGACAAGCAAGCAGAACAAGCCAAGCUGGAGAGUCAUGUGAACCAGCGCAUUGCAGAGCUCCGUAAAGAAGGCCAGUGGUCAGCUAGCCGCUUACCCAAGCUGCAGGAGGCCUGCAGGCCCAAAUCCCACUGGGACUACCUGCUGGAGGAGAUGCAGUGGAUGGCGGCUGACUUUGCCCAGGAAAGGCGCUGGAAGAUGGCUGCUGCCAAGAAGCUUGUGCGCACAUGUGCACGUUACCAUGUUGAACAGAAGAAGAUGGAGGAACGUGAGAAGAGGGAGGAGGAGAUGAGGCUGCGGCACAUUGCCAGCACCAUCGCCCGCGGGGUUGACUACUUCUGGUCCAAUAUUGAACAGGUUGUAGAAAUCAAGCUGCGUUUUGAGAUCUAUGACAAACGACAAAAAGUUCUUGGCUUGCAGAAGGCUGUGAGUAAAGGCCAGUGUGCUAAAGUGACCCAGUCCACUGGAGAGAAGUCUGAUAAAGAGAGUAAAGGGCAAGAGACUGGCAUAUCCCGCAAGAGAAAGUCAAGCACCUCGCUGUCGGAUGUAGAGGUUGAAGAUGAGGAAAGUACAAUAGAGGAGCAGGAGGCUGUGGAGGUGGCAGCUGAUCAGAAAGCAGAGCUGGCCGAACUAACAAAAGAAGCUGAAGUGCCAUUGGAUGAUCUGGUGAAGAAAUAUACUGGUGCUUAUGCAGAGGGCUUUGAGUGGCCACAGCCUUCCAGCCAGAGCGAAGAUGAAGACCGAGAGGAGGCUGAAGACAUGGGUUCUCUGUUGGUCAGUCCACAUGAUGCAGUGCUGAUAGACUCUUUGCUGAGUAUGGAUCAGUACCGUGGGGCUGAGCGGAAGGCUUCUGGCCCUGAUGGGAAGCCCACCAAGGAUAUCGCUGAGGUCGCUGCAGCAACAGACUUGAUUUUGCCCAAAGGCAGCGCCAGGACCACUCUAACUAGUGGUUCCCCUCCUCCUGCUCUGCUGCACGGUUCUCUGAGAGAGUACCAGCAGGUCGCGGUGGAGUGGCUGGCAAGCCUCCACCGCAAAAACCUUAACGGCAUCCUGGCAGAUGAAACUGGCCUUGGCAAAACUGUACAGACUGUGGCUUAUUUUGCUCACUUGGCCUGCAACCAGGGUAUCUGGGGGCCACAUUUAGUGGUGGUAAGGACCUGUAAGCUGCUAAACUGGGAGAUGGAGUUCAAACGGUGGUGUCCUGGACUGAAGAUACUCUUAUACCUCGGCAGCAGAAAGCAGCGCAGAUACAAGAGAUCGAGGUGGAGUGAGCCCAACAGCUUCCACGUGUGUGUGACUUCAUACAAACUUCUGCUGAAAGAUCAGUCUCACUUCCUGAGGAGGCGCUGGAGGCACCUGGUGCUAGACGAGGUGCAGCUCAUCAAAAACAUGACGGAGAAACACUGGGAGACCAUCUUCAACAUAAAGAGUCAGCAGAGGAUUCUCUUGAUCAACACACCUCUGCAGAACACUCUGAAAGAGUUAUGGACCAUGAUCCACUUCCUCCUGCCUGGAAUCACUCACCCAUACCUCAACUUCCCCAUCAAACCCGGCACUGAUCAGAACCAGGACUACUGCCACAAACUGGUCAUCAGACUGCACAGGAUGAUUCAGCCCUUCAUCCUGCGCCGUUCCAAGAGAGACGUGGAGAAGCAAAUGCCUAAGAAGUAUGAGCACAUUCUCAAGUGCCGUCUGUCCAAGAGGCAAAAGAGCAUGUAUGAGGACAUCCUCAUCCAGCCCAGUGCACAGGAAGCGCUGAAGUCUGGACAUUUUGUCAGAGUCCUGGAGGUUCUUAUGCAGCUGCAGAAGAUCUGCAACCAUCCAGACCUGAUCCAGCCCAGAGACACAUACAACUCUUAUAUAUGUCAACCACUGCAGUACAACACCCCAUCAUUACUGCUCACAGCCCUGCAGCAGGACCAGUGGAAGACUGUAGAUAUGUCACUGUUUGACAUAAUCGGUAAUGAGGGCAGAUUGACCCGUUAUGAGUCAGAGGAGGCUCUGCCUAAACUCAGAAUGACCAAACAGUUGAUUGAAGAGAUCUACAAUGCACGCGACCCACCAGCCAGACCCAGACCAUGCAAGAUCAAACCUAUGAGGUUGUUCCUGCCAGUGCAGUAUGGAACUAAACCAGAGGGGCGCCUGGUCCCCAUGACUAGCAGCACCACUCAGGCCCCUCGUGCCACUACUGUGACUACUGCCCCCACCACCACUACCAACCCUGCUACUGCUGCUCCAAGCACACAGCCCAGAGGCAAAUCACCUCUUACCACAACCACUUCUGCACAGGCCUCCGCAAUCAGCAGCUCAUCAGGAUCACUCUUAACAAGAGCCACACCUAACCCCCCUUCUACCCCUCUGGCUCUGGGUGUGACAGGGGUCACCACUAUGUCUGCUGUGGCCCCCCAUGCCACUGCCGCCCACCCCCUCCAACCCAGUUUGGUACCCCAGAGGCUGGUGCUCACCUCCCAGGCCCAGGCACGCUUGCCUAGUGGAGAUGUAGUGAAGGUGGUUGGGCAGGGUCGUAUCACUCAGCCAGAGACCCCUGUGACCCUGCAGUUCCAGGGCAAUAAGUUCACUUUGUCUCCGAGUCAGCUGCGGCAGCUCACCACCGGCCAGCCUCUGCAGCUCCAAGGAACACUUGGCAACAUCUUGCAGAUUGUGUCUGCCCCCGGACAGACUCUUCUCAGGCCACAGGGGCCACCCAUGGUGAUGCCUAAUGUACCCCAGGCUGUGCCUGUACAGAACUCCUCAGGCACGCCGCCCAAUGCCACCUCAACACCCCAGCAAGCAACCACCAUGGCAAGCACCACAGUCACUCAAGCUACCACAGACAUGGGAGCAAACGCUAAACACUCAACAAACACCACGACACAGGAUUCAAGCGAGGAAAGAAACAGGCAGCUGAAAGAGCGUCUGGCUAGUUUAUUUCAUGCCAAUGAGCGGCGGUCCUCACGCUCUGUGAUGUAUGGUUCUGACCUGAUCAAGACCUGCUCCGUUUAUGGGGGACGCCCUCCACCAGCCUUCCCUGCACCCCAGCACUCCCGCUGGUCCUGGGUCGGCAGAGACAGCUGUAUUAGGGCUCAGCAGACUUGUGUGUCCACGGUGGCCCCACUCCGCUCAGCGAUUCUCUCCAACACGGAGCAGGAGGCAGCAGCAGGCACCUUGUUGAAGAGGUUCUCCUGCAUACUUCCCGCUGCUGUGGCCCCUCCCCCUCAGCUGUAUGCAUCCAAUCCUCCACCAUCUUACAGCUUAGCACAAAAAUCAUUCAGGCGACAGCUGCAGGAAGUGUCCGCUCCACACAACGCAGAGAUCCAUAACUUAGCCUAUCCUCCUGUUGUCAGAUUCCCUGAUGCACACAUGUUGGAGAUGGAUUCAGGAAAACUGGAGGCGCUGUCUAUCCUGCUGCAGAAGCUGAGCGCUGAGAACAGGCGCGUGCUGAUCUUCACCCAGAUGACCAGCAUGCUGGAUAUACUGGAGGCCUUCUUAGACCAUCGUCACCUCACCUAUGUACGGCUGGAUGAGAGUCUGUCACUAGAGGAGAGACAGGAGCAGGUCAAGAGGUUUAACCGCAACAGACAGAUCUUCUGCACCAUCCUGACCAAUCGCUGCUGCUCAGCCAUGGGCCACGUGUUUGAUGCAGAUACCAUCGUGUUUUACGACACAGACCUAAAUCCCAGCAUGGACUUGCGCACACAGGAGUGGUGUGACAAGAUCGGCCGCUCCAAAGACAUCCACAUAUACAGGUUGGAGAGCGGGAACUCAAUUGAGGAGAAGCUUUUAAAGAAUGGCACUAAAGACCUUAUACGAGAGGUAGCUGCGCAGGGCAUGGAUUACACUCUAGCCUUUUUAACACAGCGCACCAUUCAAGAUUUGUUUGAGGUGGAGGCUGGCUCUGGAGAAAAGGUGGAGGAGUUUGUGGUUCUCCACCAGGAGCCUUCCCCGUCCGAAUCUAUCCCCCCUCAUGUGGCCAGACCCUACAUCCAGGCCCUGAACACCAUCCGGAAGGAAACCCAAUAUGAAGACGAGGUCGAGGAGACAGAGGCAGACAUGAAAAGUGAGAAAGUGGGAGGACAAGAAGAGAUGGAUGUGGAGGAAGGGGUGAGAGAGGAGGCUUCACAGAUAGAGGAGUUGGCGGCAGUCAUGGAGCAGCUGACUCCUAUUGAGAGAUACGCACUGCACUAUCUGGAGUACCUGCAUAUCAGUGAAGAUGAACAGGUUAUAAAGGAGCGCGUAGAAGCUGCUAAGAAAGGCUGGGAGCAGCAGCAGCAACAGAAACUAAAGGUAGAGAAAACGGAGCAAAUGAUGCUAGAAGAUGAGGAGGAUCUGUUCACUUACACCAGAGAGGAUGCAUACAACAUGGAGUAUGUGUUCGAGAAUGAGGAUGGACAAACAGAAAUAAUGCCUCUGUGGACUCCCCCAACUCCUCCACAGGAUGAUAAUGAUAUCUACAUCGACUCUGUGAUCUGCCUCAUGUAUGACUCUGUGCCUAUGCCUGAAUCCAAACUGCCCCCAGUCUACGUCCGCAAAGAACGCAAGAGACACAUGGACCCGUCAGCUCUGGGACGUAAGAAAAAGAAGGGUCAUGGAGAAUCAGUGAUUCCUCCACGCUCUCUCUUCGAUAAGGCCAGUCUUCUCAAAGUAAGGCGGGAGGGUAAAGACCAGAAGAAGAACUUCUCUCUGAAGCAACAGGCUCCUUUUGCCAAACCGCUGCCCUCUCUGCUCAAACCAGCCAUGGAGGCUGGGCAGGACAACCCUGAGUGGCUCAUAAGUGAGGACUGGGCCCUGCUACAGGCUGUGAAGCAGUUACUGGAACUUCCUCUGAACCUGACCAUCGUGUCUCCAGCACACACUCCUAACUGGGACCUAGUGAGCGACGUGGUCAACUCCUGUAGCAGAGUUUACCGCUCGCCAAAACAAUGCCGUAACCGCUAUGAGAAUGUCAUCAUUCCCAGAGAGGAGGGCAAACUAAUAUAUGAAGCUAACCCUAAGAAGAACAAGACCAAGAGCAUUUAUAAGUCCAAGAAUAGUCGUCCUCUGCGCACGUGUCAGAUCUACACACAGGAUGACAACGCCACCCAGAUCCAGCUGUACAACAACCGCUUUGAGCUGAUGAAAAUCAUUGCUAGCAAGAGGAGCCCACCAAUAAGACCCCUACUGGGCAUGAAUCCAUUCCAGAAGAAUCCUAAGCAUGCCUCUGUGCUGGCUGAGAGCGGGAUAAGCUACGACAAGCCUCUGCCUCCUAUCCAGGUUGCCUCUCAGAGAGCUGAGAGAAUCGCUAAAGAGAAGAAGGCACUAGCUGAACAGCAGAAGGCUCAGCAACAACAGCAGCAGACUACAGGAGCCACCCAGCCUCAGGGAGCUGCUGCCCAGCCUCAAGCCCAGCCACAGGCCACUGCAGCGGCUGGAGUGCCCCAGCCCAACCAAUCCGGAGCAGCAGCAGUCCCCAACACCGCUGUACUGACUGGAGCUAUCAAGACCGCUGCAGUGGGCACAAGUAUCCAGCAAGCAACAGCUACAGUAAGUGGAAAUGUGAUUGUAAACACUGUGGCUGGAGUUCCUCCUGGUCAGUUCCAGGCGAACAAACGUCUGGCGUCUCCUGUCAUACCUGGAGCCCUGCCUACGGUAGGAACGGCCACGGCUCAGGUGGUUCACACUCAGCAGAGAGCAGUGCCUGCAACUGCGUCCCCAACAGAGGUUGUUGCCAUUGCGGCUGGUCAGAGCGUAAGAGCUGUUACCCCAGUGACCGCAUCAGCUGUGGUGACCGCUAAUCUGACUCCUGGUCAGUCCCAAACACGCACGCUGGUGGCUCCAGCUCCCGGUAUGCAGUUGACUCAGGGUAAACCACUCACACAAGCUCAAUUCCAACAAUUACAACUCAGACAACAGUUGCAGCAGCAACAGCAACAACAACCGCAGGCUGCAUCUCCACAGAUCAAAGCAGUAGGAAAGCCACAGCAGGAGUUGUUGAAGAAGCAGAAGCUGCAGAUGGCCCAGCAGCAGGUUGCAGCGGCGGUAGCUGCAGCUCAAGGUCAGCAGGCUUCAUCUACUCAACAACCGCAGCAGGUUCACACCACACCGGCGGCUACGUCCAACCCUCAGAUAGCGGCAGUCGCUGCGCCCAGAGCAGGAGCUGUGCUUCCUGUCACCAACUUACAGGUGGCCAGACUGACACGUGUCCAAGCUUCAGGACCUAUUCAAGGUCAGCAGGCUCCAACCGCUCAGGUGACUCUGACCAAACCACCUCCUGUCGUCUCAGUUCCUGCUGUGGUUUCAUCCGCCGGAGUCACUACUCUUCCUGUCACUGUGGCCGGCAUUAGCGUCGCCAUUGGACAAGGCCAGAAAGCAGGUGGUCAAGUGGUGACCCACCCGUUCCAGGUUCAGCAGCUGUUGAACAGACAAAAGCAGCAGGCAGCUGCACAAGCCGCCGCAGUCCAGAAGGCAGCACAGCCACAGCAAACACAGGCUGCGGUGCAGCAAAAGUUGGGCACGCAGCAGGCCACUCAUACCACAGUCCAACAGCAGCAGAAAGUAUACACCACCACUCCACUUCAGCCCGCCAUUAAGACCCAGUUCUUCACCACCUCCAUCGGACAGCCACAGAAACCUCCUGCAGCACAGCAGAUACAGGUCACUAAGAUUCCUCAAAUAGUUCAGCAGCAGAUAGUAUCCUCACCUCAACAGAUCCAGGCUCAGACAGUGGCCCUGACGCAGGCAGCACCCGCAGCAGGUUCGGCACAGGCGCAGGUCAUCCCCACAGGCACCGCACAGGUGGUGCAACAGAAGCUCCUCCAGCAGCAGGUUGUUACGGCAGCAGGAGCCUCCCCUCAAAUCCAGACCCCACCGCCUCACAGUCCGGCCCAGCAGCAGAGCGCCUCCGAGUCUCCAGCGCAGCAGGCCACUGCCGCCCCACAGCCCCAGCAGGGCAAAGGAAACACCCGCACUGGGGCCACCAUGCGCUCCAAAACCCCUGCCAAACCCAGCGGUGGCAGCUAGAGAGUGAUCUGAGGAGAAGGUACUUGGGCACAACAUAGGGCUGUUUUUUUCCCUUCAUUUGUUUUGGAAAGACUGACCCUUUGUAAUACAGGAUCUCACUGUUGACGGUCUGGAUUGACCUUUUUACAGUUUGAAGCAACACUCUUUAACCACGUCUCAUGUUAAUCAAACAUCACUGUAUGGCAAAUCCGUUUCUUUGUUUGUUUAUUUUUUUACAGUUUAUUUACUGAAGCUCCUUCCUCUGGAGUCGAGUCUGACUUUUAAACAAUAUGACGGCUCGUUUUCAUAUCGAACUCUUUACUGAGCCACUAAAUGCUUGUACUUUUUCUACCAUGCUACGUGCUCUGUUUAUAGUGUUUAACGUCAUUGCAUCUUUAUAGUCAUGGAUCAGGUGUGUUUGGAUAACACCGGCCAUCAGCUUCAUCACUUCUUUUGGCGUGCCAGGAACUCUUUUGGCAGGUCAUCUCAACAUUAUUCAUAAUGUUCAAUAAGUCGAAUUAUAUGUGUCCCCCCAAUGUUUUUUUUAAUAGGUGUGGUGGUGUUGUCCCUUUGCCGUUUGUGUCAGUAAAUAUCCCUUUAUUUAAGCAUUUAAUGAUGAUAAUCAAGAUUAGAAAGACUCUGCGAACCAAACUCAACCUUUUGGGAUGUAGAAAUGGCAAAGUACCUUUAGUUUGAUAUAUGUGACCCAUUCGAAAGUUCCCUCUCUGUAGAAGAAUUUAAUAUAUUCGCUUAGAUCAUGACCCCCCCCAAAAAAAAAUUCUUCUCACCACAGACACAAGAUCAGCUACAUGGAUGGAUACCAUCUACAAACUGUCAAGUGACGUGUACUUGUGUGUGAAAUGUUUGUGUUUAGUGGUACAGCAAUUCAGAGUGUGAUUUGACAGUAAAUUCAUAGAAAAGUAGCUGUAGCCAAUUCAUGGUAGCAGCAGCUGUGCCGAAGCAUCGCCCUCCCAACUUUGAUUUGGAAGAAAUGUCCGAAUAGUUCUGAACAAUGUCACCAUUAGUCAGUUGAGUCCGACCUCAGCUUGGUUCUUAGUGUGUUUACGUUGGCCUGCUAUCAGCGACGAACGGACUUAAAUCAAGACUUUCCCUCUGUGUAUCUAAAUCAUAUAAUGUCAGGGCUUUCGGUCAUUAAUAUGUCUUUUUGUAUUGAUGUUGGGUCAGGAACACAUGUAAAUAACUCAGGGGGGAGACAUCGGCAUUUGUAUCUGUAAAGUAGUUGUGUAUUCAUUGAGUUUUUUUUUCAGCCUACUUGUAUAAAGUGUUAUGUUUUUACACA